AACUGUGAUCGCUUGUUAGAUUGAAUGUUUCAAGUAAGAGACAUGGCAACCCAUCUCUCAAUCUGUCUUCUCCUCGCAUUCAUUUUUUCCUUCUCACUUGCUGAUACAAGUAGAAAGGAAUUAAGAAGCAAGGAGGUGGACCAAGAUACUAUUAUACAGCUAGCUCGUCCAAUCCCGUCAAUUAAAGUCAAUCCCACACGCGCAGUCCAACUCUCUUUGCGACCAAGGGUCUUUCUAUAUAAAGGUUUUUUAUCAGAUGAGGAGUGUGAUCAUCUAAUUUCAUUGGGCCAUGGAAAGAAAGAAGAGUUUGUCUCUGACUUUGAUAAUAUGCAAAACGAUGAGAUGAUCUCAAGGAUUGAAGAGAGGAUUUCAGCUUGGACUUUUCUUCCUGGAGAGAACAGCAUGCCCUUGAAUAUUAUGCAUUUCGGGCCUGAAGAUAACAAACAGAAAUAUGACUUUUUUGGUAAUCAAUCCAAGCUGCUGCUUACUGAAAAUAUAAUGGCAACAGCUAUAUUCUAUCUCUCCAAUGUCAGUCAAGGUGGUCAGAUCCUCUUACCUGAAUCAGAUGAUUCACAGUUGGGAAAUUCUCAUGUUUGGUCCGAUUGUACUAGAGUCGGAACUGCCCUGAGACCUACUAAAGGAAAUGCAGUUCUUUUAUUUAACGUCCACCCAAGUUCAUCUCCCGACAGGACUAGUUCUCAUGCUAGGUGCCCUGUUCUUGAAGGUGAAAUGUGGUGUGCUGCCAAAAUUUUCCACAUGCAAGUUGUUGCCCGUUCAAAGGCGGAACUGCAGGUCGAACUGCAAGUAGAUGACAGUGAUUGCACUGAUGAAGAUGAGAGCUGUCCGAAGUGGGCUGAAAUUGGGGAGUGUGAAAGAAACCCGGUGUUUAUGAUAGGCUCUCCAGAUUACUAUGGGACUUGUAGGAAGAGUUGCAAUUCCUGCUGAGGGAUGACCUUUCUCAGUUGCGGUAGAAAUUUACUCCUUAAUGAUUUUUCUUAUAAAAAGCACGAGAGCUUCACCUAUACUGGGAAUAGUAGCUGAUCUCAGUGAGAUUCACCUCAGUUAGCUAGGAUGGGAAUUGCAUCUUAUUCCAGGAAACUUACAUUGCAAAUGCCAAGUAUUAUUAUC